AUGGACGGCUGGCUGCUGCUGGUAUCCCCCAUAAAACGGUUCGGUUGGUGCGAAAGUUCGAGUUAUGAUCUGGCCAGAAAUAACAACAGCUACAGCAACACAAACCCCGAAACACUAUUAUUGCGCUCGGUUGGUUGGUUGGUUGAGACUCCCAGAAGGGACACGGACACGUUCAGGCUGGGUUGCGCGAAACUGGCCUGGACCACUUUCCACAGGCCAAGACAGGGUCCGAAUGGGUGCUCAAACUUUUCCAAUUACCCGAAUCGUGUGCUGGCCGGUUUCCUGUUGGGAAGAAGUGCCUUUACGGGAGAGAGGCGGGCGGCGGUUGCACAACAGCAACAGCAGAGCGAACUUUUCCAGGGCGCCUGGAAUGAAUGUCAACGCGCGCCUUGCUAUAUUAAUAAGCCGGAAAAUUGCGGCGGCAGCAACAUAGGCAAAACCGGAUACGAUGUGCUGCCGCCGCCGCCACCGCCGCUGUGUUUGUCACUUGAAUUAGGAUGCGAAAAUUGCGACAAUUUUUUAGCCAUAUUUAUUGCGACCGACAAGUGCCAAGCCAUUGCCGUAUUUUGGAACACUGCCACCCCGCGCAACACGUCCUUUGACGGCUCCCGUGGAGGAGAAAGAGGAGUUAAGAAGAUUAUGUCUACGCGAACUCAGCACAGCACAACGCAGCAUCACUCGGAUCCGAUAUUUAUGCACUUGUUCGACUCAACGAGCCAUCCCAAAUCGUGUGGCACGGAUACGGUCAUUCUGGGCCGCUCGUGUCUCACCGAAGCUUUCAAUAUAUCUACACCCCAAAACUCUGCGCUACCUGCAACGCCCCCACCACCGCACCGUGUGAUGUGUGUUUGCUGCUUCCGAGAGUGCAAUAAAAAGUUCACUGAAGUGAAGAUUCAUGCAAGCAGCAGGAAAGCAACCUCAAACCCGGAACCAGAGAAGGAAGACCAUUCGUCAUUUUUAGGCAGUGUGCAGCGGAAGAGUCGGUCCCUAAUCACGUCAUCGAUUUCGGCAAAGCGGAAGUUCCCCGAAGGACUAGAGUCCAUGUUGCGUGUGAAUUGUUGGUCGUCCGAUGACAGCAGCAAGGCUCGGAGAGGCCACACGCUGCGAGAUUCAUCGCUUGCGCUAGAUGUCGGUGCACUAAUCAUUCGUCUCUGUAUGCCUGAUCGACUGGCGAUGGCGUCGAAGAGUUCGACGGUUCCCGACGAGAAGCGGUUGAAGGCGAAGGAGACCAAGCGGAAGAAUUUGGUCGAUUCAUUGAAGCGGAUCGAACGGUUUCUCCAUGACUACGUUCCCGAACAACACCUGCACGAGGUGCCUCUUCGAUUGGAACGGUUGGAGAAAGUAUGGGAAUCGUACGAGGUAGUUCAGGAAGAACUAGAAGAGCUAGAUGAUUCGGAAGAUGAUGCACAGAAAAAUUUGGAGAUGAGAGCCCAAGUUGAGGAACUUUAUUUACGUGUCAAGGCCGGACUAGCUUCGAAGAUACCGUCGCCACCACCCACCCCUGCUAUUGCGGGAUUCCCUGCCGCGCCUGCUGCUCAACCCGUCUUCGCCAACAUAAAGCUUCCGGCGAUUUCGCUUCCGGAGUUCGAUGGAGAUUUCAACAACUGGUUGACUUUCCAUGACACGUUUGUCUCGAUGAUCCAUUCAUCGACGGAGAUUCCGCAUGUUCAGAAGUUUCACUACCUCCGUGCGGCUCUGAAGGGGGAGGCAGCAAACUUAGUUCAGUCUAUUUCGAUUACUGCUAAUAAUUAUGCUGUCGCUUGGCAGACUUUGGUGAACCGUUACUCAAAUAAAGCUAUUCUUCGCAAAAAACACAUCCGGGCUUUAUUAAAGCAUCCAAAAAUCUCCAGCCAUAGUGUCGAGUCGCUACACAAGAUUGUGGAUGAAUUCCAACGUCAUACGAAGGUUCUGGAGAAGCUCGGUGAGCCAGUCGAUCAAUUUAGUUCGAUUCUGAUCGAGUUACUGGAGGAUAAGUUAGACGACGCUUCACUCACCGCUUGGGAGGAAUCAAUCGCAGCUGAUCAGCAACCCACCUACGCUAAAAUGGUUGAUUUUCUCCAGAAGCGGGCCCGUGUUCUAGAAACGAUUUCGAUCAACCGGCCGCAGCAUUCCGGUUCCAAAAAUCCCAGUUUUCCUCCUCCUAAGAAGCCAAAUCAGCCCAGAUUGAGUUCCAACGCUGCCAAUACAGUCCCAGGAAGAAUGUACCCGUUAUGCCCCGCCUGCGGGAAGCAGAAGCACUCCAUUUUUGAUUGCUCAGUCUUCAACGGUCUAGAUACGGAAGGCCGUUUAAAGGUGGUCUCGGAUAAAAAGCUCUGCAGCAAUUGUUUCCGCAGCGACCACUUCGCCCGCAACUGUCGUUCGAAUUAUUCAUGCAAGCAUUGUUCCAAACGACAUCACUCCAUGAUCCAUCCUGGACCAUUUGAGGCCACCAGGGGUGGACCCGAAAAUAAACCCACGAAUAAUCCCGAAGGUUCCGGGUCUAGCUUAGUGACAGCUGUAGCAGCCCUGCCAACCCCCGAAGUCGUAACAACGUUGAAGGUAUCCAACGCCAGCGUUCUCCUCACUACUGUGGUAUUGAUAGUAGUCGACGCUUACGGUCAAGAACACAUCGCCCGCGCCCUGUUAGAUACAGGUUCUCAACCCAACGCCAUGAGCGAACGCCUUUGUCAGAUGCUUCACCUUCCACGUAAAAUCGCUAACGUUGCGAUAGCCGGUGUAGAUAGUACCGUCACUAAUGCAAAAUAUGAAGUGCGUGCAGAGAUCCGAUCCCGUGUAGCAGAGUUCAGCGACACUUUAGACUUCUUAGUACUCCGUAAGGUGACCAGAGAUACCCCGUCUUCCUCGUUCCCCACUGUACAGUGGAAACUUCCCGAAAGUUUUUCACUCGCUGAUCCUGACUUCAACACGUCCCGAAGAGUUGAUAUGAUCAUCGGCGCUGCUCGCUUUUAUUCAUAUUUGCGGGACGGACGGUUCCGUCUGCCUAGUCAAGGUCCAAUGCUCGUUGAGACAGUGUUUGGUUGGAUAGUGACUGGAAAGUUCGAAAAUCUGUCUGGUAUGAGCUCUCGACCAACAGUAACUUGUCAUGCGGCGACAGUUACAUCGCUUAGCGAGCAGCUAGAGCGAUUCUGGCGAGUUGAGGAGGUUCAAGGUCCGAAUUAUUCCGUGGAUGAGCAGCAGUGCGAAGAUUAUUACCGGGAAACCGUCUCCCGAGACCCGACUGGUCGGUACGUUGUUCGCAUGCCGAAGCAUCCCGAGCACGAUCAAAUGAUUGGGCAGUCAAAGCCAACAGCGCUGCGUAGAUUCAGGUGGCUUGAGCAGAAACUGUUGAAGGACGAGAAUCUGAGGACUCAAUACCACGAGUUUAUGCGUGAAUAUGUUUCUCUGGGCCAGAUGGCACCCGUACAAGAGGACGAAGAGGACGUCCCGAAUGCGUGUUACCUUCCACAUCAUCCUGUAGUAAAGGAGUCGAGCUCAACCACAAAAAUUCGAGUGGUUUUCGACGGAUCAGCGAAGACUACUUCUGGCCAUUCGUUGAACGAUUCGCUACUGGUUGGACCUGUAGUUCAGGACGAGCUUCUUACUCUAAUCCUCCGUUUCCGAAAAUUUCCCGUUGCGCUAGUGGCAGACGUAGAAAAGAUGUAUCGUCAAGUCUCGAUGCAUCCAUUAGACCGACCUCUACAGCGAAUUUUGUGGCGAUUCGACAGUUCCCAGCCGAUUCAGACAUACGAACUCGGCACUGUUACUUAUGGCCUCGCUCCGUCCUCAUUUCUGGCGACGCGGACACUGUUGCAGCUCGUCGGAGAUGAAGGUACCCCGUUCCCGAAAGCAAGUACAGCAGUCAAGAAGCAUAUCUACGUGGACGAUCUCAUCUCAGGUGAUGACAGCAUUGAAGACGCAAUCCAGCUCCGUGACGAACUAUCAGAACUGCUUCAAAAGGGUGGAUUCCGAUUCCGCAAAUGGUGCUCCAACUCACUCCCGGUAUUGGCCGGACUUUCUCCCGAACUCCUUGGGACACAAUCGUCGCUGAAGUUUGAUCCUGAAGAAAGCGUGAAGACUCUUGGUAUACGCUGGGAACCCGAAGCCGAUGUGUUCCGGUUUGAUGUAUCCGUUGUCCUGAAAGAUCAGUUACCGACCAAACGCAGCAUCCUGUCCGCCAUCGCCCAACUUUACGAUCCUCUCGGAAUCAUCGCACCCGUCGUCGUGCAAGCAAAAAUACUGAUGCAGCAUCUCUGGUUGCUGGCGUUGGACUGGGACGAUGAGGUAUCACCUGAUCUUCAACAAAAAUGGGCUCGAUUCUGUGAGCAGCUCCCUCAUCUCUCGAACUUCCGUAUAGAAAGAUUUGCGUUCACCGCUCGAUAUGCCACAGCGGAAAUACACUGCUUUGCAGAUGCGUCAGAGUCAGCUUACGGCGCUUGCAUAUACGUUCGCUCCGAAACCGCUGAUGGACUCGUGCAAGUGAAUCUCCUCGCUUCGAAAUCAAGAGUAGCUCCUCUGAAACCCCUCAGCAUUCCGCGCCUUGAAUUGUGCGCCGCACUCCUCGCUUCUCGGCUGUAUGAGAAAAUCCUCAACGCCCUCGAUAUGAGUUUCUCCGCCAGUUUCUUUUGGUCCGAUUCAACUGUUGUCCUCCAGUGGAUGAAAGCUCCCCCGCGGACGUGGAAGACGUUCGUGGCGAAUCGUAUUGCAGAAAUUCAAGCCACCACUAAUGGAUCCAACUGGCAACACGUCUCUGGCCACGAAAAUCCGGCAGAUAUGGUUUCGCGCGGGGUCUCCGCCGAGGAACUAAUCAACAGUGAGCUGUGGAAGCACGGUCCGAGCUGGUUGCGUGAAGAAAAAUCUAGCUGGCCCUCCCGAAACGUUCCCGAAGAAGAAUUUACCGCCAAGGAGUUAGAGUUAAAGCAGAAUACGAUUCUGAACACCUAA